AUGGCGAUGCUGCCUGAUCUAGUUCAAGAUUUCAAGCUUACAACACACUUUCGUGGGGAAGAAACGAUUCAUACAUAUCAAGAGUCUGACCCCACCUCGGGAAACCGCCUCAUUUCCCGAACAGAACACUGGAAGAGGCACAAAAAGAUCGGAAAUGGAGCUUAUGGAAGCGUUUGGCUGGAGAAUUGUACCAAAGGCCGGCGAAAUGGGAGUCGGGUUCGGGCCGUGAAACAGAGUCAUCUCGAUAGUCGGUCUGGACCAGUUGACUAUACCCGAGAGUUGGAAUCACGCCAUGAUAUCCCCUCACGCCUUGAUGAUCUCUCGCGCCUUGAUAAUCUCUCGCGCUCUACUCAGAGCAGCUCCUGGCACGGUAGACUCCACCGGCGCGACGACAAGAUACAGGCAGGCUUUAAGGAUUGGGUAUCCCGCAUCGCAUUCUCUCCCGACGGCAAAACCCUUGCAGCCGGAUCUGGCAACGAGAUCAGCAUAUGCUCCCCCGCUGAACACAACAGAAAAAUACUAGUGCAGGAUAAGACCGUCCGUGAGUUUGCCUUCUCGCCGGAUGGCAAGUAUCUCGCCUCCGGCUCGAACGACACCUAUUUCUCCCUAAGGCAUGAUAUUCAUCUAUGGGACCUGAAUAAACUCACCGAGGUCACCAAAUUCACCAUAUUCACGGCAUACCCUUCUUGCAUGUGGGAUUCUGCGGGCAAUGUCUCUGUCUGGGCGCUUCCCGGAGGGUUUUUAAAUCGGACAGAUCGGAGGAAAUUAUAUCACACAUUCCGGGAGAAGCUACUUGGGCUCACAUUCUUGCCAAGCGGAGAGUUAUUGCUCGUCGACUCCAAGGGUAUAUACCACUGGAACCGUAUCACGAAGGUAUUCCAUCAUCGUAGAAUCGAUUUCCACGGGGAGCUCAAAACGAGACAAGUCCGCUUCUCUGCCCAGGGGGCAUUCUUUUUCUAUCGGGUUUCUGGGACUUACAAAAUCGAGUUUUGUUUCAUUGACGAUGGGUUGAUAUUUCGAACUUUUGAUUACACUCUCCGCGACAAGAUUCUCUGCAUGAAUAUUUCGCCAAACGGUCAGUUCCUCGCAGCAACCGUUUACAACGGGAAACACAAUGGAUCGCGGAUAGUCAUUUGGGAUGCUCUGGACGGGACAGAGCUUGAUGUCGUACUAACUGCACAUUCGAGAAAGGCGGAGGCGCUGGCCUUUUCUCCUCAUAGCCGGUUCCUUGCAACUGGUUGCCAUGGUGGGAUACUCAAGACGUGGUACUGGGAUCAUACGCGAGUAAUCGCUCAGGUAGAGCGAAGAGAAGACGCGUUGAGCCACAAAGGAGAACAUGACGCUUAG